CUUCUCUUCUCUUCAUCCUCAAUCGCAUCUCGCAAUUUCUCCCACCAAGAUUGAAUUACCCCGCGCACACCCCUCUUUCACCCCUCCAACUCUGACAUCAUGCCCGCCGCAUUGUUGAUCGGUGCAAUCACCCAUUCCCGCAAGGAAUGGGAAGAUUUGUCCUCCAUUCUUACCCUCAAGGAAUUCCCGGAGGGCACCCGCGACGACUUCAUCCGCAAUUGCAAGGAGGGCCAAUACGACGACGUGGUCGCGAUUUACCGCUCGAAUACCUCCACAAAGUUCACCGGCCCCUUCAACGCAGAGCUGCUCUCCGUCCUUCCCAAGUCCCUCAAAUACAUCUGCCACAACGGGGCAGGCUACGAUAACGUCGAUGUCAAGGGAUGCACAGAGAAAGGAAUCGCCGUCUCGAGCACCCCCGUCGCGGUCAACAACGCCACAGCGGAUGUGGGGAUCUUCUUGAUGAUCGGCGCGCUGCGCCAGGCUUAUAUUCCCAUUUCUUCGCUGCGCGAGGGUAAAUUCCUAGGACAAACGGGGCUUGGCCGUGACCCCCAGGGUAAGGUUCUGGGGAUUCUGGGCAUGGGAGGCAUCGGUCGCGAAAUGGCCCACCGUGCAAGAGCCUUUGGCAUGAAGAUCCAGUACCACAACCGGUCACGGCUGUCUCCGGAGCUCGAGGGAGACGCGACGUAUGUCUCCUUCGAUGAGUUGCUGGCCACCUCCGAUGUUUUGAGUCUGAACCUGGCGCUCAAUGCGUCGACCCGUCACAUUAUCGGGGAGAAGGAGUUCCAGAAGAUGAAGGACGGGAUUGUGAUCGUGAACACGGCCCGUGGAGCGUUGAUUGACGAGAAGGCCUUGGUUGCUGCGCUCGAAUCUGGCAAGGUUCUGUCUGCCGGUCUGGAUGUCUACGAGAACGAGCCUGAGAUUGAGCCGGGCUUGGUCAGCAACCCUAAGGUGAUGCUGCUGCCGCACAUCGGUACCAUGACGUACGAGACGCAGCGGGAGAUGGAGCUUUUGGUGUUGAAUAACCUGCGGUCGGCGGUUGAGAAGGGUGAGAUGAUCACCUUGGUGCCGGAGCAGAAGGAGGCAUUCGGAAAAUAAGAUGCCACAGUUAAGAAUGACGGACUAGGUUGUCCACAUUUCUGGUGGGACCUGGGAACCAGCGUGUAUAUAGAUCUGAAGAGAGCUUGUCAUCCCCAUUGCUGUUGUAAGUCGUUGAACGACCCAAUACAUUCUUAGUCACG